GUAUUGUGUCAAGAUCUGGAACCCUGACAUAUGAAGCUGUUCAUCAGACAACACAAGUUGGAUUGGGGCAGUCUUUCUGCAUUGGGAUCGGAGGUGAUCCCUUCAAUGGAACUAAUUUUAUUGACUGCCUUGAUGUCUUCCUGAAGGAUCCUCAUACUGAGGGGAUCAUAUUGAUUGGGGAAAUUGGAGGAAAUGCUGAAGAAGAUGCCGCAGCAUUUUUGAAAGAAAAUAAUACUGGUCCAAAUGCCAAGCCGGUAGUGUCAUUCAUAGCUGGUCUGACUGCUCCUCCAGGCAGGCGGAUGGGUCAUGCUGGAGCGAUCAUUGCUGGGGGAAAGGGUGGAGCUAAAGAGAAGAUAGCAGCUCUUCAGAGUGCUGGUGUUGUUGUCAGCAUGUCUCCUGCUCAGCUAGGUAGCACCAUCUACAAGGAGUUUGAGAAAAGGAAACUGCUGUAAGAGAAGACACUUCGGAAUACUGUCUCCAAAACAUCCGUGCAGCACCUGGCCUCCGCUUAUCUUUUGUCUGCUAAUCUUCAGUUGCCGAAAUGACUGACACUGGUCUAUGAAUUUGAAGUAGAAGCCAUAAACCUCCUGGCUAAACCUAUUUUGGUGUCUCCUUGGUUCAGACAUUAUCACCUCAUUGUAAAUCACAUCAAAUUAAUAAAUCUACUACUAAAUCUGAUUCA